UAUAGAGGAGAUCCACAUGCAAAGUGCAGUAGUUUGUGAUACAUGUGAAAAUACUGCAGAAUACUUAUGUAAGACUUGUCAUGAUAAACUUUGUACCAGAUGUAAAGAUAUCCACAGUAAAAGCAAAUCCUCCUUUGACCAUGAAGUCACACGACUGAUAUUUGAAUCUCUUUCUGUAUUGUCUAAGUUUCCUUCAGUUCAAGUCUGCAGGUACCAUCCAGGUUUCCGUGCAAAUAUCUGCUGCAGAAAAUGCGAGGUACCGGUUUGUGAAAAAUGUUUAGUUGGCGAACACAAUGGGCAUAAAUUGGUGGCAACAAAGGAACUGUUCCAAGAAAAGAAAGAGAAAAUGGAAAGCAAAUUAUCCUUUGUGGAAUCCGAGUUACCAAAGUAUGAAGCAAAACUGAACGCUGUUAGAUUAAGACAAAGCAGCCAGAUUGAAAGAACUGAAGUAUCAAAAAUCCUAAUUCAUUCUCAUUUAAGAGAUUUCUUCGAAAUCAAAGAAAUUUUAGCUGGAAAUGAGGGAAUUCAAUACCUGUCUUUCCAGUUAAAUGAUAACACAUUCUGGGUUUACUCAAUGGGUGAACAGGUUUUCUCAAAUAUUGACAGAAGCGGAAAUGUUCUUCAUAAAGGUGAAGAGGGUGUUACAAUCCGAGUAGUGGACAAUGAACUAACAGAAGGGAAGAUACUACAAUACAACAGGCGUGGGCAAAUCAUGAAUGAAAUUAAAAAUCCUCUUUUAUUCAGGUGGAUUUUUAAAGUGUUAAAUGAAAAUCAAAGGUUAGAGUCAACCUACAUAGCUGAAAAUAUUAAUGGCGACAUCUGCAUUUCAAACAUAGUUGUGGAUACUUUCGACAAAAACGGCGAAUUUAGAUUCUCAUACAACAGUAAAGGAAGCACAUUUUUUUCGCGCGGUGUAUGUACCGAUAGUUUUGGAAACAUCCUAAUAGCUGACAAGAAUUCCCACUUUAUUCACAUUCUCAAUAUUGAGGGUGAACUUUUAAAGUUAAUGGGCAUCCCAGGACUAAGAAAGAAAAGUCACCCUAUAACGUUUACCAUAGAUGCAAAUUAUUGUUUGUGUGUUGGAUUAUUCGACGGCAGAAUCAAGAUCUUGAAGUACAUUGAGUAGAUUUUGUUUAUUUUCAAACAUUUCGUUUUUUACGAACGCAUAAUUACACUUUUUAU